AUGAUUUAUAGCUUAGUUUGGGGAAAUUAUCUCGUUGGUUUCUGCGUUAAAAUACUGAAUUCAGCCGUUGUGAUCGGAUUCUAUUAUGGAUUUCUGACUACAUUCUCCAUAGGACCGUCUUAUCUCUUCCUUCUUCGAGGGCAAAUCUUAGGAAAGGGAUCUGAAACGAAAAUAUCAGCAACAACCGGGUUUAUUACGGGACAGCUCAUGAUGUUUAUAUCGAUCUAUUAUGCGCCUUUGCAUUUGGCAUUGAGUAGACCUCAUACAAUAACAGUCUUAACUCUACCAACACCGCUCCCAUAUUAUUAUAUUGAGGAAAUGAUGCGAUACGAUGACAGGGACCUGGAGGAAGUCAAAGCUGCAAUAGAUUGGGAAAAGGAAGAAACUAACGAAGAAGAAGAAGAUAUUACUGUUUAUCUUUCUGAUAAAAAAGAGAAUACUUUCAACAAAAAACUCGCCCCGUUGGAAAAAUCUCUUGUAACUACUCUUUUCGAUUAUCGAAAAUGGAAUAGGCCUUUGCGAUAUAUAAAAAAUGAUCACUUUGAAAGGGUUGUAAGAGAUGAAAAUUCACAAUUUUUUUUUCAGAACAUGAACAAGUAA